CAAGAUUUCCUUCCCAAAGUGUCAAACGACGUCGUUAUUUCCCACUGCCUUGACUUCUCCGGAGAACGAAAUUUUCUCCGCCGUCAAAACUCAAAAGCUUCUCUGAUCUGCCGCCAUUCUUUCAGGCAACUCAGAUGUUACUACGCCGCAAGUCUCACCAUCUUCACGUCAACGCCUUUCCAUUUUCAGCAUCACCGCCAACUCUUAAACCACCAGACUGGAGAGAAAAGAUCAAACAUGCCCAAUUGGUCAACCAAAUCUCCACCAUUCUCACGCAGAGGAACACCGCCCACUGGCCCUCACUUCUCAAGCCCUUCCACCUCAACUCCAAUCUCACCGCUCCCCUCUUCCUGCAAAUCCUCCGCAAAACCCAACCCCAUCCACCCGCCUCUCUCAGCUUCUUCAAUUACGCCAAGAAAAAUCUGGGUUUCAAACCGGACCUCAAAACCCAGUGUAGACUCGCCGUGAUUUUAUCCCGGUCUGGGCUUUCCAACCAAUCAAAACCCAUCUUGGAUUCUCUGGUUCAGGCUUACCCAGCAACCCAGAUUCUCAGUUCAUUGGUUAAAGGUACUGACUUUGAUACUCGCUCUUCUCUGUUCAGCUCAUUGCUCGAAUGUUACUGCAAUAAGCGUUUGUAUAUGCAAAGUUUAGAGGUUUAUCAGAGAGCUAAAGAGUAUGGGUAUUUGGUUCCGGUUCAUAUUUGCAAUGCAUUGCUGAGUAUCUUACUAGAGAAAAAUGAGGUUAAAAUGUUUUGGUGCUUCCAUGGUUUGAUAAUCCGAGAUGGGGUUUCUGGAAAUCUGUUCACUUGGUCUUUGAUUGCUCAAGCUCUAGGUAAAGAUGGGAAAUUUGAAAUGAUCAUUAAAAUUUUGGGCAUGGGAAUGCAUAGUCCUGUGAUGUAUAAUCUUAUGAUUGAGGGUUAUAGUAAAAGAGGGGAUUUUAAAGCUGCAUUUUAUAAUCUAAAUGAGAUGUGUAAUCAGGGCUUUAAUCCAAGUUUUAGUACUUUUAGCUUUAUUCUCGAUGGAGCUUGUGAAUAUCAUGACGUAAAAGUGAUUGAUGAAGUUGUAAAUUCUAUGGUGGGAAGGGGAUAUCUUCCCGAGAUUGCGGAAUAUGAUUCAGUUAUCCAGAAGUUUGCUCAUUUGGGAAAGACGUUUGCUGCACAACUUUUUUAUAGGAGAGCCAUGGAGGAGAAGGUUGAGCUACAAGGAACAACUUAUGGUUCUAUUCUAAGAGCAUUUUCGAAGGCGGGAAGAGUAAUGGAUGCUAUUAAACUGUAUGAUUUUUUAGUGGCAAAAAAGUUUGAGAUUAAUGAGAAUAAAUAUUUUUACUCGUUUCUGAAUGUGCUGUGCGAAGAGAACCCAUCAGAGGAUAUUAGCAGAUUGUUGAAAGAGUUGAUAGAAAGGGGGUUAAGUCCUUGUGUUGAUCAAAUGUCUAAAUAUAUAAGCUCUCAAUGUGAAAAACGCAGGUGGAAAGAAGCGGAGGAGCUUUUAAAUGUAAUUUUAAAUCAUGGAAUUUUACCAAACUCUAUCUGUUUUAGCUUGUUGGUGAAGCAUUAUUGCCUUAGUAAGCGGAUUAGUUCUGCUAUUUCGUUGCACGCCAAGAUGGAGGUCCUUGAUGGUGCUUUCGACGUAGCCACUUAUACUGUACUUCUCAACGGGCUAUUUAGAGAAAAAAGGAUCGAAGACGCUAUCAGGAUAUUCGAUUACAUGAGAACGCAUAAUGUGUUAAGCAGCGACAGUUUUUCAGUCAUCAUUAGAGGGCUUUGCCUCGAAAAGAAUUUUAGAAAAGCCAUGAGCUUGCACGAUGAGAUGUUGAAGCUUGGGCUUAAACCCGAUAGAAAAAAAUAUAAGCACUUGAUCUCUGGUUUCAAGUAACCAUCUUGGAGCAAUGUUCUGGGAACCCUGGAGUCUAAUAGAGAGAAAGCUGCCAAUCCAAUUUCAUCAAUGGCUCAAGCAUUCGAAGGAAGAUCACGAGAGAUUAUGCUGUGAGGACAAGAAUGGAGAGUGUUCCACUUUUUCGUCUCCUUCCUUGAUCUACCAUACUUGCAUUUACUCAUCUUUGAAAAGGAAGAAGAACGUGUUUGGUGCUUAUUGUAACUCUCAUCGGAGAAGAAAGAAGAGUCGGUUUUGGGUCUCUUUCAUGUGAACCAAGAUGAAGGGGACUUUCAAAGCGGGAGUCAAGUAUAUCUCCAGUAUUUUUGGUAUUGUGAAGGAGGAAGAGACGAUCGAAAUCGGAAUGCCAACAGAUGUCAAGCAUGUGGCACACAUUGGGUUUGAUGGCCAAUCCGCUGCUGGCACUGCACCUAGUUGGAUGAGAGAGUUCAAGACCGGGCCAGAUUUUGCCGCGUCAUCAAUUGAUAAUACUAGCGGCAAACCAUCACCCCCUCAAGGCGAGAAUGGUGGCAAUAAUAAUCCUUCGAAGAAAGCUAAACGAAAGAAGCAGAAGGCGAUGUCCUCUUCGAGCUCCAGUAGUACCUCCUCCAGAGCAACAUCAUCAUCACGGGCAGCAUCCAAGUCCAAGGGCAAGCCAGUCGAAGACGACGAUAUACAGGACAUGUAAUGGUAAACUCGUUGUCUCUGUAAAUACUCGAUGUUACGUGUUUUGAUUGUCCAUCAAGAAGAGAUGGGAGCUGGGCACGUGGCAUCUGUGAAUCUGUGAUGAACAAACAUGGAAGCCAUGAAACAAGGAUACAAUUACUGGUCCGUCGCGGAUGCGUGAAUGUAUAUUCUGACACUCGGUUUUUUUCUCAUUUGUUUUUUUUUUUUUUUUUCUUUUUUUCUCUUUGCUCUUCUUUCCACUGUGAUGAGGAAGAGACUUGUAAAGAUGGAUUUUAUUUAGCUUCUGCUGAGAAUUUGUGCUGAUUAGUUCUUUUA